CUCCCGGUCACGUGACUCGGCAAGGUGACGUGUACGCGUCUACAAGGUAAACGGUGACGUCACGCGUCCAAGCGAUGCGUUCACUGGGCGGUGACGUGUCGGUGCGGAGAGAAAUUACAGCCUUUAUACACAGUUAGAAAUAUUCGUGACGUCACCGGUAACAUGUCCAUGGGCUUAAUACAUAGCUUUGCAUUAGACACUUGCGAAACAUGUAUUAUUCAGUCAUAUUUGGAUCGGAACCCGUGACCCUCAGCUGACACAGACCGAGACUUGGACCUCUGGUUAGCAUACAGCUUACCUGGUCGAAUGCAAGAGAGAUGGCUGGAGAAUUGUACCCACAUGAAUCAAUUCACAAUUUCAUUGAGAAGACUGUUAUCAUCGAGAAGCCACAAAGGUAUGUGUCAAAGUUCAGGCCGACAGUUCUUGAAGAGAACCGGCCAACAAACUACAUGAAAACGAUGGGCCCGACCAAACUGGAGGUGCCCGUCCCAACCAAUUACUUGAAAAAGCACUCCAAAGAACCCAAACUACCUGAGAUCAAACAGGUCAAGACUCAUUACCCCUGUACAGCCAAGAAACCCGCCAUCCCUACGGGACCCUUUCUGCCGCCAGUGAGCACCCCCACGAAGAGGAAGACGACCCCACCAAAGGGACCAAAACAGCCUCCGUGCGUUGUUGACACAAACAAGGGACACAAGGAGUACCAUAACAGGAACUCAGGACUUGUUCCUAUAUACAUAUGGAAAAAGGAUUAUGGAGAAGUACCAAACUAUCUGAUGCGGCGCAAAGCAAAGCAUCAAAAGGCACUGGAAGAGUACAACAUUAAUCUGAAAAAGCAGGAGCAGCAUGAAACCAUGAAAUACCUUUCUGACAAGGAAUGUCAGGCCAUCAUUGAGGACCUAAAGCAGAAAUACAACGAGCUGAAUGCAGAGUACCUGCGCCUCCCAUUUAUGAUUGACACCCCGUCAAUGAAGAAUCGAAAGGUGCGUCUGGAGGUGGAAAUGAAGCAGCUGGAGGAUGACAUUAAACUCCUUAAUAGGUUGGAGUCGAUCUGCAAAAACAAGUAGCACAUGGACGUGCAGACCGGGUGCUGACCAUCCUUAUCAUCAACUGAACUCAACUAAUGGACAAUAAAAACGUGAGGUCAUGUGGAUGAUUUAACUUAAAUGUUUUGAUUGAAAAUUGCUGUUUGCCCUCGUACAGAUAAGAGGACCUGCGCCACGCAAUUUCUACAAUGUUGUUUAGAAUCUUAAAAAAUGUAUUUUUACAUUCUGCUGGAAGUGGGCUCGAGCUAUUCCUCUUUUGGGGGAUGUUGUACUACUGUUGUCAUACAAUCGAAUAGUUUUUAAAAAAUGCACAAAUGAGUGACUGAAGUAUCCACUCUGGCUUCACAAAAUCUGUCCAUAGUAUUGACUAAACACAAGUGGAUGGUUGAGUAUUUUCUUUUUUUUAUUGUUAGUUGAAGUUUAUUCAUUUCUUUUAACAGAUUGUUGUGCCAGUGUGAUUGUAUUUGUGUUACAGAAAGAAUUGCUCUGCCAGUCUGCUCUGUUUAGCGAAACAGCAAUAAACAAGAUUAUUGCUUCCUUUUUAUUCCAAACUUGCACGCUGCACACAGGACCACGCAACAAUAUUUAAGUGGACUUUAUGCAUAACUGGCAUUGAUUGGAAAGCACAAGUUAUCUGAUGUACGAAAUAUUUUACAUUCGAGUACGGCACUAUGACUUCAUGACUUUUAGAUGACUUCUAAAAGUCACGUCGUUCCUUUGUUCGUUUUAACCAG